UGUCGCUCUUGUCAAUUUAUUACAAUUAAAGAACUAGUUUUUUUAAUUCAAGUUUCAUCAAGAAAUCCUUCAUAUUUUUUUUAAAUUCAUAUAUAGCAAAAGUGUCCUAUUUUCUGCGGCACAAUCACUAUAAAUAAAUAGAUCGACAUUAAUUAAAAUACUAAUGCAUAAAAUAAUUAAAAAAUCGGAGUUAUUAUGAAUUCUGUUUGUUAAUUAUAAAUUAAUUUUUUUGGAAGUUCAUUGAACAUGUAAACAUUAUAAAUAGUCCAUAUAAGCCUCACAAGACAUGUAAACCCUGUCAAGAGGCAACACUAUGAUUUUAAUGCAAAACAAAAAAUCAUUUAUUUUUCUCCACAUUUUAUUAUUGACUUUUUAGAAUAUUAUAUCGUAUUUUGUCAUUUUAUAUCUCGCAUUAUACUUUGUGUUACAAUGCAAAAGUAUUCUCCUGCUGCGAUUACAUAUAUUUCAUUAAAUAUUAUAAAUUUGUCUUUGUCAACAUUCAUUAUUAUUAAAUUAUGUAUAUCACCUAAUUAUUUCACAAAAUAUACUCAGUUCCAAUUAUUUAUAGCAUCGUGGGGAUAUACGAUAGGAUGUUUACUAACUAUAAUAAAAUAUGGCGAUGACAUCAUCAAUAAAUCGUUCGAGACUCAUCAAAUUUCUAUUUGUGUGAUUCAACAGAUGAUUUCUCUAUUCUUCUUUUAUCCUUUACAUAUAUUCCCUGUCAUAUUAGGAUUUUAUAUUUGGAACACAAUUGAAAAUCAAAACAUAAAAAUAGAAAAAAAGUUUUUUUGGCCAUUUUCAAUUCUUAUUUGGUGUUUUACAAUUUGCUAUAAUGUAUUUUCGUUAGCUGACGGAUACCAAAAAGACAUCCGUGUUACACCCUUGCUUUGUAAACCUCCGAAUUCUAACCUACAUAAAAUAAUUUACCUAAUAAUAAUUUCCCCACUAUUUUGCAUAGCAUUAAUAUUUAUUUGUAAGAAUUUUCUUGUUUAUUUAUUUAUUUAAUAAUUCUUUAUAUUCUAACUAAAUUUGACAAACAACUCUUUUUUUUUUACCA